AUGCCAGAUGCGACAGCCCAUAAGCAUGGCCUCAAUGCAUGCGAAAAAGUUGUUCUGCACCACUCUGUUAGCUCGUCCUUGACCGGUGGCUCUAUACGUACAGACCAGAUGCUACUCUUGAAACCAUCGUGGCUUCUUUGCUCGGAGGCGGCGUGGAACAGCAUGGAGCCAAACUACAACGCUCUCAGUCGACCUUCGUUCCAUCGCCGAGACCGCUUCUGGUUGGCGCCGGAUCAUAUCGUGGAUCCUCGGGUGAAUCAUAAGCCACGGGAAAAAGCCGUUAUUGAGAAAUGCGAGCGGAUCGCCAGAGAAAUGGAGCUUGGCGACAACUACAACCCGCCAAACACGACGAUCAUGCAUACCGAUUUCUAUCGGAAGCGGUGUCAGCCAGGUCAGCUUGUUAUCGGCGCUGACAGUCACACUAGCAGUGCCGGUGGACUUGGAGCAUUGGCAGUCGGCAUGGGGGGCACUGACGUGCUUAUGCAGAUCGUCACUGGAGAAACGUUUAUCAAGAUGCCAGAAGUCAUUUGCAUUCAAUUUGUGGGAAGACCACCCCUCGGAUUGGGUGGAAAGGAUGUCAUCUUGGGUGUCCUGGGUCAACUUAGGAGAAAUACGGUGGCAUCCGAAAGAUUCGUCGAGUUCACGGGCGAAGGGAUGAAAUAUUUGAGCUGCGAUGCAAGAUUCGCAAUCUGCAACAUGGUGACCGAGUUUGGUGGAAUCGGUGCGCUAGCUGUGCCCGAUGCGGUCACUGCUGAUUUCAUAUCCCGGCGACCAGAGCGAAAGCACAAGUCAGAGGCUCUGUUUUUCAGACCGGACAAAAAUGCACGAUACGCAGGAGAGUACCAGAUCGACCUUUCGAAAUUGGAACAUUUUGUCGCGCUUUAUCCCAGCCCGGAUAAUGUAAUCCCUGUGUCGCAGGCCAAUAUCCCGGAGAUUCAGGGAUGCUUCAUCGGCGCAUGUACAACAACUGAGGAAGACCUGAUCCUUGGGGGUCUUGUGCUAAGGGAAGGACUGAAAGCAGGUCUGGAUCCCGUCGCUAGGGGCAUACGCCGUGUGACCCCGGGUUCCAUAGCAAUCACAGAGAAACUUCGACGCAUAGGUCUGAUUGAUGUUUACGAAAGGGCCGGGUUUGUCGUCGGCGCUCCAGGAUGUAGCUACUGUGUUGGUAUGGGUGCCGACAAGGCUGGAAAUGGCGAGGUAUGGUUAUCAUCGCAAAACAGAAACUACAGAGACAGGAUGGGUCCAGGAUCAAUCGCAAAUCUUGCGUCUGCAGCGACCGUGGCGGCAUCAAGCUUCUCCAUGUCACUUCGGAGUCCACAGUCACUACUGAAUGGAAUUGAUUUUAAUGAAUACGACAGACUGCGAAACUACUCUGCAGACUCGAAUUUCGUCGCCGAGCAUGUAACUUACGUGGAGCCCUUCCCAACCGGUCGUGCUGAAAUACUGUCUCAGAAUAGUGCAGUUCAUACACCAUCAGCUGAAGAAGCCCAAACAUCCCCCUCCUUACCAAAUGUCAUUCAGGGCAACAUUCAACGUUUUGGCGACAGCAUUGAUACCGACUCAAUAGCCCCAACAGAGAUAUGUCUGGACCCCACACCGGAGAAACUCGCUCAUGGGGCAUUUCUCCAUCGCAAGCCUGACUUCUACGACCUUGCACAAGCCGGAGCUACAAUUCUUGUUGCAGGGAGUGCAUUUGGUACGGGCUCCUCCAGAGAGCAGGCUCCAAAGGCAUUGAUUGCUGCCGGUAUCAAGGCAGUCAUAGCGAAAAGUUUUGCUUUUAUCUACGGGCGAAAUCAAGCAAAUAAUGGCUUACUGGGAAUCAAGGUGCAGCACGACAGGUUCUAUGACCUUGCUCAGGAAGGCAUCAAGCUGACCAUUGAUGUGCAAAGGAGGGUGAUCGAAUGUAAGGAUGUGCAAUUCCAUUUCUACCUUGAUCCAAUCGAGGAGAGUCUGCUUGCUGCCGGCGGUCUGCUCAAAAUGUACAACCUGUACGGGUCAACGCUCUUUAAAAACCUGCAAGAUAAAACGUCGAGCAGAGAAGAGAUAUCUUAUCAUUUAACAGAGUCUGGGAACAGCAAGCUGGAAUGGUAA